AUGCACGACAUCACCAUCUCCAAUUUCCAUAAAUCACUGCAGAUGGACCCUUCAAAUGGCCCAGCGCUGGUAACUUACUACCUGGAGGCAAUCAAGAAAUAUGACAGCACGCUUCAGACUCUUAUAACAAUUAACCCAGAAGCUCUCCAAACCGCCGAACGAAAGGCCAGGGAAACAGAAACAUUCAACAAGAGCAACACAUCUUACCCAGAACUACACAGUGUGCCAAUCAUACUCAAAGACAACUAUGGCACCAGCAAUCUCCCCACUAGCGCAGGAGUCUCGGCCCUCAAAGAUCUCUACACCACCAACAGUGAAGUAGUGACCCGCCUCCUAGAAGCAGGCGCAAUAAUUCUCGCCAAGGCCAAUCUCCAUGAAUUCGCAUUACAGGGAACAUCAACUUCUUCCCUCGGCGGCCAAACCCUCAAUCCAUAUGAUGCAGGUCGUACACCGGGCGGUUCCUCCGGUGGCACAGCCGCCGCCCUGGCAUGCAACUUUGGACUCGUAGGCUGUGGCACAGAUACGAUGAACUCGCUGCGCUCACCCGCCUCGGCAUGUGGGAUUGUAGGAUUCCGACCAUCCACGGGGAGGGUAUCUUGUGGGGGUCUUGUACCGGUUUCCGAGACCCAAGAUGUUGCUGGUCCCAUGGGGAGGCGCGUUUGUGAUGUAAGGACGUUGUAUGGCAUUAUGAAAGAUGUUGAGGGAGACAAAGAUCAGAAUGGAUUUGCGUAUCCUUCAAUGAUCACUCGCAGACCGGGCCGCCAGGUUCGAAUCGGAGUCCUGGAAGCAUACUUCCCAAUCGAGGGCUCAUGCUCGGAGCCGGAAGUCCUCUCCGAGAACGACAUCAUACAAGAUAUUAUCCGAACAAGUCUAUCAUCUCUUGCCUCCAAGGAUGAAGAUAUAACCCUAGUCCCAAUCACCCACUCCAGCCACCCAGACUGGAGCAUCACAACCCUCCUCGCAAAAGCCGAUACACAAGCCUUCGAAUUCAAGCACUAUCUAGACGAAUUCCUCCAAUCACCUUAUAUAAUCUCGACGCCACACCGAAACCUCGAAUCAAUAGUCCAAAGUGGAGAUUAUGACCCCAGAGCUUCAACACAUGUUUUGACGGCUGCAUUCGAAGACCUAGAAACUUAUUCGCCCGGUAGUCCAGCCCAUAAAGAACGACUGAAGUUCAUCGACUCCUUGAAACAAUCUUUAUCUAAAUGCUUUGAUUUCUAUGAUCUCGAUGCAUUAGCUUACCCACAUCAACGACAACUGCCCGUGAAAAUCGGGGCCACGACACAGCCUGGUCGAAAUGGCGUUUUGGCAGCUCUGACGGGGAGACCUGCUAUUUGUCUACCUGCUGGAAGGAGCCCUAGCUCCGAGUCUGCUGUUCUUGGUGUACCGGUUGGAUUGGAGCUUAUGGGACGGAGGUGGGGAGAGGAUGACUUGCUUGAUCUUGCAGAGCGGGUUGAAGGAAUCUUGGAGGCUAGAAUAGCACCUGUCAUGACAUGA